AUGAGCAAUGAACCACUCUAUAUAGACCUUGAUUUUAUUGAAGACAAGAAGAAAGACCCCUUUUUGCAGGACGAAGAUGAUCUCGAAUUGAAAGAAUUGAUACCGAGAAUUCUAAUUGAGCGUCAGUCCUUUUUAAACAUUACUGAAAAAGCGCUUGAAAAUGAAAUUGGAAACUCAAAAGUCGCUCUUCUAGGUACAAACAAUCAAGAAAGUAAGGGAGAUGUUGAUAUUGAUGUUGAUGCUGAUGUUGAUGCUGAUGUUGAUGCUGAUGUUGAUGUUGAUGCUAAUGCUAAUGCUAAUGCUAAUGAGGUGCUUGAAAUUGAAGAUUUCAAAGAUGGGACAGUGGUUAAAAGUACACAGGAAAUUUUCAAUAGUCAAAAACUUGAUCUAUCCAAGAAUGUUAGCAGUGCCCUUAAUGAAACCUCGCUAGCCUUAGAUUUUGUCUCGUUGUUAUUAUCGUCAGUGAAACCUAGCUUGGCCAAGAAUACCAUGUCGUCCCACCUCCAGAAGUUCGUUAAACCAUCAUCUUUGAAUGCCGAUAGAUUGAUCACUGAAGAAAGCGAGGCGGCAACAAAAGACAAUGCAAAAUGUGUCAAGGUAGGCCAAGGCUGGAAAACAGAAGCACUUGCCAAAAUAACAAAAUCAUUUAGAGAAUCUAGUGAAGAUCUUAAGCAACAAGUGUCAAAGGAGCGUAGGUACUGGAACAUGAUAAAUUUGGUGCUUUCCAAUAAUGAGGCUUUAUUUCGAAUGAGGGAUCCCGUAAGCAAUGCAAGGGCCAUUGGGGUCAAGUAUGGAUACGGUGACUCUGGAUCAGAUUUUCAAGACAAGGGGCUAGCUUUGUUGCGUAAAAAUACUCAAACAGGUGAGAUCAAAUUUGUGCCCUUGGCAACAGCGGGGAGUAAGGUUAGUACCAAACAAUUCAAAUAUGUCAGGGUACGCAUCUUGGCCAAGUUUGAUGAGGAUUACAUGGUUAUUGGUCAAUCUAGAUUCCAAAACACUUAUGCAAACUCGCCUCAUGGCAUUAUCAAUGAAAUUGAAAAGGCAAGGUUUUUCUUAUUUGAGGAUGACUUGUUUUACCAAUUGAGUAGAGAAGCAAAAAUAUUGAUCAGCUACAAUGUGAUUGCGACAGCUGAGAAAAUCUCCAUAGAAAUAGACAAUCAAGGAUUAAUCGAGAUUGAGCACAUUCGCUACGACGAAGUAAAUGAGGAAGAACUGGACGACUAUCGUCAGCCGUAUCCAUUACCAGAAGGUGCAGGUUCGUCCUCCUUUUCAAAUAACAAAAAAUGCCAAUUAAUUUUGACAUACUUUAAGCUAAUGCUUGUUUGUUUUUACCAGUAUAAUUUGAAAUUAAAACAAAAAGUGCCCACAAGUUUGACCAAGUGGAAACAGAGCAAUUCGCAUCCACUUAUACUACGUCCUUUUGUGGGUAACAUGAGGCAUGAAUUAUUUAUUAACACAAUGAGAAAAAUUCUAAAAGAGCUUAUUAUUGACAAAAAGGAUCUAGAAAGCAAAUUUAAAUUUUCCAAAUAUGUAAACUUGAUGGAAAGAUCAAACAAUCCGUUUCAAAAAGCAAUUGAAAAACCAAAGUCCGUAUUUGACUUGAGUUUGCAAAACACAAGCUCCCAUGUCCUCAUUAUCAAGAUUGUAGUCACCACCAACGAGCUAUUUGUCGAUUUGAUCCUCCACCUAACUGUAUUAAGAUAUGAUACUGUUGAGGACUACCAAACCAAUGUCAACGGUGUCAAUGUAUUGCAAAUCGAGUUCAACGACUUUGACGAGAUCCGAAAUUGCCUCGAUUGGCAAAUUCAAGACUUUAUAUAA